AUGCCGGGGGAACCAAGUGGCUUUGACAAGAUUGACAACUUCAAUUUCUUGAUGUCGCGCCACGAUCCCGCAGCCAAGACUCGUCAUUAUUCCUUUGAUGCUGAUGCUGGGCUGGUCCCUUAUGGCAACGUCAGUAUGGAUUACGAUCAGACCGAGGGCAUGGGUGGCCUCUCAGUCAGCUCCUACGAUAGUAUAGACGAUGACCGCAGUUCUCUCGAUCUCCGAGGGUAUCCCUAUCACGGGCUUCCUUCGGGACUCUCGCUUACUCCUUCUACAGCUCCUGGCGAGAAAAACAUCAACUACGGCCUCCCUGAGCACAUGAUGCCCUAUUCAGCUCACUCCAUCUAUCCCCCAGUGCCCUUUGCGCCCGAUGAACUGGGCCAUGCACCGGGGGCUCUCACUCCAUCGGAUGUCUCGUCGUCCAUCUCCCCGCCCAACGGCCAGAUGGGCAACACCAAAUAUAGCACCUCCAUCUCGGGAGACCGCAUCGCCGCUGCCCUUGACCAAGAAGAGGGCGUCCGCGGUGCGGCCGAAGAGGACCGCCGCCGCCGCAACACGGCCGCCAGUGCUCGCUUCCGCAUGAAAAAGAAGCAGCGGGAACAGGUCCUGGAACGGACCGUUCGCGAAACCACCGAGAAGAACGCUUCUCUCGAGGCUCGGGUCGCUCAGCUCGAGAUGGAGAAUCGGUGGUUGAAGAACCUCCUCACCGAGAAACACGAUACCGGCUCUCGUCCGCCUCCCCCCAAGGACAGCUCGGCGCUCGACCAAAAAGCGGCGCCCAUCAACUCCAGGCAAAAACAUAUCCAGCCCAAGAAAAAGGGCGUCGGCACUCAAGAGUGA